AUGUCCGAGGAAGAAGCAAGGAGGCUUUCUCUAUCCGCACAGGAAGAAGAAUCCUCGGAAAGACAGCAACAAACAUCACCAACCGACCAUGGCAGAGUUUCGCAUGAAGAAGCGGACUCGGGAGAAGAAUCCAGCAGCAGGGCACCCAACUUCACAGAUGAAGAAACGGACACCCUAAUCAAUCAAGUUGUUCAUCACUCCUUUCAACUUUUCGGAUCGCCGGCAAGAAAUGUUCAUCACCGAUUCAAGGGAACGACGUGGAAUGAAAUCUCUGAAUCAGUUUCUUUGGGAGGUGGGUUCAAGCGAAGCAACGAAAGUUGCAAGAAAAGGUUACGCGACUGUAGAAGAUCCGUCAAUCUCAAGAUCCAAAAAGGGCAAAAAUUACACAAGGAUUGGGAAAAGAAGAUGGAGAACUACUUCGUACUUGUGCAGGAAGAAAUGGCAGGAACCAGUGCAGAAGGAGCCACAAAAUAUUCUACGCCAACAAAACAUAGCACGCCACAAACGGAAACAACGCCAAAGAAGAAAACAAAAUCGCAGAAAGAUUCCACAGUUAAGGCAAAGAGAAGAGUUUCUUUUGUAUAUCCGACAACUGGAGGAGGUGCUGAGGAUACCGGUAAGGCAUAG